AUGGGGGUCGUGGAGAACACGGCGCCUACAAUAGGCGACAACAACCCCAAUUUGGAUACCCUGUCGACAAAAUCCUCAAAUAUCGAUUCAAAAAAUGAAGCACCCGAGAGUAAAAAGAACGAGCAUGGAGUGAUGGUCGGUGCUUCUGCAGAAGAAAAUUCGGGUUGCAUUGCACCGGAAAAAGAACGACGCCUAAGAGAGAUGUACGACAAAUUUGACGCUGACCGCGACGGAAGUUUAGACUUGAGAGAUUUAACAAGUGCGCUACAGCAGUGCGUACCGCAUAUCCCAUCCGUGUAUGCUCCGCGCUUACUUGAAAAAAUGGCACCAUAUGAUCGGGUAAGCUUUCCGGAUUUUGUUCGCUACGUGACACGGCAAGAGGAGAAAUUAGAGGAAAUCUUCCACGAACUGGAUAGGAAUAAAGACGGGCGAGUCGAUUCCUACGAUCUGCAAUUGUACUCGGACAAACUUGGCAUUCCCUUAUCUGUUCAACAUUCGGCGCAUAUAGUGCGGCAAAUGGGUGCAACCAACUUACUCGAUUCAGUUGAUUUGGCAGCGUUUCAGAAUUUCAUGCUAUUAUAUCCAUCUCACGAUCCAAGAGAAGUGUUCCAGUUUUGGAAGCACCGUCUAGUAAUUGAUACAGGAGAAGACGCAUUGGUGCCGACCGAUUUUACUUUGGAAGAGCUGAAAGCUGGAGUUUGGUGGAGACAUUUAAUUGCUGGUGGAAUAGCUGGAGCUGUAUCCAGGACAUGUACGGCACCAUUUGACAGAAUAAAAAUCUAUUUGCAGGUCAAUUCUACUCGAAAUAACCGACUGACUUUGUUUAACACCGUCAAACUUAUGUAUCGAGAAGGAAAAAUAAGGAGCUUCUGGAGAGGGAACGGAAUCAAUGUGACGAAAAUUGCACCAGAAUCAGCGAUCAAGUUCACAGUCUAUGAACAAGUGAAAGCCUGGUUGCAGAGAAGAAAAGGAAAGAGUUCUACUGAAGGCCUCUCUAUAGCCGAGCGGAUCAUGGCUGGCUCUUUGGCGGGUGCCGUCAGUCAAUCAAUUAUUUAUCCGAUGGAGGUUUUGAAAACGAGACUUGCGUUGCGAAGAAGUGGUCAGUUAGAUAAAGGAUUGAUUCGUUUUGCUUACAAACUCUACUCAACUGAGGGAGGCUUUAAAUGUUUUUAUCGGGGAUAUUUACCGAAUUUGCUUGGAAUUAUGCCUUAUGCUGGUAUUGACUUGGCCAUGUAUGAAACAUUGAGAAAUCGUUACUUACGCGAUAAUCCGGAGAUGAGCGAGCCAAGUGUGAUGGCCUUAUUAAUUUGUGGCACUGUUAGCUCAACGUGCGGCCAAUUGGCUAGUUAUCCGCUCGCAUUGGUGCGUACUCGUCUCCAGGCAAUUAAAUGGUCCACAAAUCCCGAUCAACCUGCAACAAUGAGCGGUCAAUUUCGUUAUAUUUUACAGAAUGAAGGUUUCCCUGGCCUUUAUCGAGGAAUUGCGCCGAACUUCCUGAAAGUGAUCCCCGCAGUCUGCAUCUCUUACAUCUGUUAUGAACGAAUGCGCAAAGAAUUGGGUGCCACGACUACG